UCUGUAAAAAAAAUGGAAAAUGGAAAUUGGUGACUCAGGUUAGAGGUAGUGGCGAAUUACUCAUUUAAAUCUUGUUAGUUAAUUAAAGUAUGAUAUUAAAUAUCAUUUAGAAUUAUUCUCGUAGUGUAUCUGCAGCGUUUCAUUAGUAUAAUCAAACCAAAAAAGUAGAAAAUGGCUCACACAUUACCAGCUUGCGUUAUCGAUGUCGGUACUGGGUACACCAAAUUGGGCUUCGCUCCGAAUAAGGAACCACAAUGCAUCGUUCCUUCGGCGAUAGCUAUCCGUGAAACUGCCAAAGUUGGUGAUCAAACAACGAGAAGAUUAACGAAAGGAAUCGAUGAUUUAGAUUUUUUCAUAGGUGAUGAAGCUUUCGAUGCUGUUGGGUAUUCGGUGAAAUACCCUGUACGUCAUGGGUUAGUCGAAGACUGGGAUUUAAUGGAACGAUUUCUGGAGCAGUGUAUAUUCAAGUAUUUGAGAGCUGAACCCGAAGAUCACUACUUCCUUCUAACCGAACCUCCUCUGAAUACUCCCGAAAAUCGUGAAUACACUGCCGAAAUCAUGUUCGAAUCUUUCAACGUUCCCGGCCUCUAUAUCGCCGUUCAAGCUGUGCUUGCUUUGGCUGCGUCGUGGAAGUCGCGUGCUAUGGAAGAGCGAACAUUAACUGGUAUCGUUGUCGACAGCGGAGACGGUGUUACUCACGUCAUUCCAGUUGCCGAAGGAUACGUAAUCGGCAGUUGUAUAAAACACAUUCCGAUCGCUGGUAGAAAUAUAACCUAUUUUAUCCAGUCGUUGCUGCGUGAAAGAGAAGUAGGAAUUCCACCGGAACAGAGCUUAGAAACAGCUAAAGCUGUCAAAGAACGGUUCUGUUACAUUUGCCCUGAUAUAGCGAAAGAAUUCGCUAAAUAUGAUUCCGAUCCGCAAAAAUGGAUCAAACGAUUCGAUAGUAUUAAUAGCGUAACGAAAAAUCCGUUUUCUAUCGAUGUUGGUUACGAAAGAUUCCUCGGGCCGGAAAUAUUCUUCCACCCGGAGUUCUCGAAUCCAGAUUUCAACGUUCCUAUAUCGGAAAUCGUCGAUAAUGUGAUCCAGAAUUGCCCUAUUGAUGUUAGAAGACCAUUAUAUAGCAAUAUUGUUCUAUCCGGUGGCUCGACUAUGUUCAAAGAUUUCGGCCGUCGAUUACAAAGAGAUAUCAAAAAAGUCGUAGAUGCUCGUUUGAAGUUGAGUGAAACGUUAUCAGGCGGUCAUUUAAAGCCCAAACCAAUCGAUGUUCAAGUUGUAUCUCAUAACAUGCAAAGAUACGCUGUAUGGUUCGGUGGCAGUAUGUUGGCGUCAACACCCGAAUUCUACGCCGGUUGCCAUACAAAGCAAGCCUACGAAGAAUACGGUCCUGGUAUCUGUAGACAUAAUCCAGUCUUCGGAACAAUGUUAUAAUCUGUACCAUACCAUAACGAAACACCACCAUUUUUAUCUACUUCCAUAAUCGUGGAACCAGUGAAUAAUUUAUGUUAUCUUGGGUAUUUAAUUCACGAGUGUUGAGCCGCUUCAAAUUGGGGAUUAAUUUUUAACCAUCGUUAUAGGAAAGAGUAUCAAUGUUUGUAGGCGAAUUCAUGCAUUUAUUAUUUUCGCUGUGACUGAUAUUCACACACACACUUGAUGUGUAAACCUCUUGUACACUGUAUGUUGAAUGUACUUUCGUUCGUAUUUAUUAUUUUUUUUCUUUCUCUUGUGCAUAUAUAAUUUGCAUUUUUAUUUAAAGCUUUUUAAUUAAUUUUUAUUUUAAUAAUCGUGUUAUUAUUGUACGGUAUAUACCCAUUUUGUUAAAUUUAUACGUUGAUAAUUUAUGUAUAGCGAUAUACAAUGAUGUCUACCAUUAAAAACUCCAUUUUUUAAAAAUCAA